AUGUCAAUCAAACUAUCUACCAUCCUCUCCUUCCUCUUCUACCUCCUCCCUCUUUACCUUUUCGUUUUCGCCCCCCUCCUCCGCCAGUUCUUCCCAGAAGAAGAAUCCCCCCUCAGCCCUUCCACCGCCGACUACCUCUUCCCCAACAGCGCAAACGACCAAGACGCAGACGACCUCGCCCCUUCCCAAGCGCUCAAUCUCGUCGACGACACCUUCAUCAGCAUCGACGACGGCAUCACCCCGGAGUGCCCCCUCGACCCAACCUACCGCAUCCACUUCCUCUCCCGCACCCCCUUAGUCAUCUACAUCGAAGGCUUCCUCACCACCCCGGAAGCAGACCACCUCGUCGACAUCAGCGUAGGAAAAUACACCCCCAGCAUAAUCUACAACGGCAUCACCGAGCGCGUUGACCCCUCCACGCGGCUCUCCGAGCGUGCCCUGCUCGACCGUGACCACACCGUCCGGUGUAUCGAGGACCGCGCGCGCGCCUUCCAGGGGUGGCGUCCACACCUGUACAUCGAGCGUAUGUGGGCCCAGCGCUACAACGCCUCCGGCCACUACAGGCACCACUACGACUGGGCGGGCUCCGUCGCGCGCGGCGGCGACCGCGCCAGCACGUUCAUGGUUUAUCUGGAUGAUAACUGUACCGGUGGGGGCACGAAUUUCCCGCGCUUGCGCAUGCCGGUCGAUAGGCGGUGGUGUCGGUUUUUGGAGUGUCAUGGAGAUGAAGAGACGCUGGAGGUGGGAGAUGGGGCCAAGGACACAGCGCCGAGAAAAGAAACGGCGAGGGCCAGAGGGACGGGGGAAGGCAUCACGUUCAAGCCUAUCAAGGGAAAUGCAAUUUUCUGGGAGAAUCUGAGGCCCGAUGGGACGGGAUAUCCCGAGACAUGGCAUGCGGCGCUGCCCGUUACGUCGGGGACGAAGGUUGGCCUGAAUAUUUGGAGCUGGUACCAGCCGCCGCGAAGGGGGUGA